AUCAGUUACUGCUGUUCUGGUCUAUCCCCUUCCCACACCCAUUCCCGUAACACCCGUUUCUUGUCUCUAGAAUUUUAUGCUUUCCUCAGCAAACAACUGAAAAAGCCAAAACCCAUACCCUCCCACCUUAAUUUACAAGGUCAAUAUUCAUCCCUUGUUUUUGGCAUUGUGUCUGUUUUGAUCAACUAUCACUAUUUCCAUUAUUGGGCUGGCGUUUACUCGAAUUGGGGGAAAAAGUCGAAGAUGACCGUCUUUCUAGGGUUCUGAGAGUUAAGUUGAAUUUUCAAAGGGUGAAGAGGAAGAUGAAGAGGGGGGUAGAUGAGAACAAUAAGGGACCCAUGUUUCCAAGACUCCAUGUAAAUGAUACCGAAAAAGGAGGACCACGAGCUCCUCCAAGGAACAAGAUGGCGCUAUAUGAACAGCUUAGUAUACCCUCACAAAGGCUCAGUGGUGGUGGACUUUUGCCAGUUAAACCCACCUCAACUGCCAAUUAUCCCCUGCCACCAUCAUCUUCUUCCCAAGGUGGAGUGAGUGGAAGGGGUUCGUUUUUCCCACUUCAUCAAACUCCUUUGCCACAUGUAGCUGAUAAAAUUAACAUUAAUCGGUAUUCUGACUUAAACAAUCAACUUGUGCAACAAGAGCAGAGAAAGAAACUAGAAGAUGAUGACUUUAGGGUCCCGAUCUUUGUUCAACAAUCUGGAAUAAACCCUGAUUGUAGUGGGAAUCAUCAAAACAAAGACAAUGAAGGUCUCUCCCCCUUCAGUGCAGCCUUUUCAGGUCGUUUCACAAACAUCCAAAGAAAUAACUCUCAAGAUUUACCCAAAUCUGCCUUAAAUCAAUCAUCCAAACCAGUUCAAUUAAAGGAAACAAAUGGUUCUUCAAGUUUUGAUCACAAAAACGCUUUAAAUAAUUCUAUCAGAUUACAAAGUAAUGGGAAUUCACGGGAAGCUGACAACAAUAACAGUGUCUCAGUUGAGACUAUUAGGGCUGUGGGAUAUGGGAAUUCUUUGUUGCCCAUAAGGGAUGUUCAACAAGAAAUGCUGAGAAGUCCUAAUGAUCUUAUCAAUGGUGAUGCUAUUUCUGAGACUUCAAUGGUUGAUUCUGUAUCUGGAGCUGAUAUUUCUCCUGAUGAUGUUGUUGGAGUUAUUGGCCAGAAGCAUUUUUGGAAGGCAAGAAAAGCUAUAGUCAACCAACAAAGAUUAUUUGCUGUUCAACUGUUUGAGCUGCAUAGGUUGAUAAAGGUUCAGAAACUAAUUGCAGGAUUACCCCAGCCAAUGGUUGAAGACGAUACAUUUAUAGGAAAACCACAAAAAGUUUCUCCAAUUCCUAUAGACCAUGUCCUGAAAUCAUCCACACACAUAAUAAUACCAAAGGUCAAAGAUUACCAUGAAAAGUCAAAGGAGGACACGAGGGAAUUCUCAGCUGAAAAUGGUUUUGAGGAGACACACACACAGGCAUCUCUUUCUUCUGUCCAGAACAACAGUGGGCCCGGGCCCAUGUUUUCAGGGUACCACCCGUUACCACCAUCUGACCCAAGAAUGGGUCCAUGGGGCCUGACUCAUCAACAUCAUCCACCUGGACAUCAAUGGCUAAUUCCCGUUAUGUCCCCCUCUGAAGGACUUAUUUACAAACCUUAUUACCCUGGAGCACCACCACCCAUGUUUGGUCAUAACAUGGUCAACCAUGGGGUCCCACAGCAGCCUCAUUACCAAUGGCCCACCGGGUUCGUUCCUCCGCCGGCACAUGGUUACUUCCCGCCUUAUGGCAUGACAACCAUGAACACAUCUGGAUCUGGUGGUGGGGAUAUGGAUAUGAAUAUGAAUAUGAACCACCCCCAGCCAAGGUACAAGUCAGUAGAUGCGUGUAACAAUAAUAGUGAGGUACAAGUGAGUAAUGCAAGCAGUUUUUCAAGUGAUAGAGUAGAAAAGCGAGAUGUGCUUCCUCUUUUCCCCAUGUGUUCUCCAGCAGUUGAGGGGGAGGGGAGUCGGGUUAUAAGAGUUGUACCCCGUAAUGCACAGUUGGCGAAUGAGUCGGUGGCCCGCAUUUUUCAGUCUAUACAGGAUGAGAGAAAGAGACAGGAUCCGGUUUAAACUUUAAAGUGGUUUUGGAAUUUGGAUGGAUGUUGUUCUACUUUUGCUUUGGAUUUGGUACAUGUUUUCAAUGCAGUUUUGGAGUUACAUAUAUAUACACGAUACAUGUUAAUUGUUAAAGGUUAUAUUACGUGAGGUGAUAGAGGUUAAAUGAUGGAGAUGAAUGUUAUGUGUCAUUUGUUUUAGGGUAAUUAAUGAGUUAUGACAUUUUACAAUCUGUGUAAUGGGGAAAAAUAGAUGAAUACAUG